AUGGCCACGACAAAGCAGCAGCAGCUGUACCUAAACCAAAACAACCAACCCCAAGUGAUGAACGGGAGUGCGGACAGGAAUGCGGCCACCGACUCUGCGGUUCCGCUGGGAAGCUCGAAACGAUCAGCGGAGCAUCUGUCCAGAGUAGCAUUCAACAACAUCCUGCAAUACACGCCGCAUAUCCCGUCAUUGUGCUGCGCCGCUGCACACCCUCACCUGCGCUACGCUCGCGAAGCAGUAGCCGGUACUCGAGUAGCAAAGGGGUCUGCCCACCGCCGCAGCGACCUCUACGUGUGCUGGGACUGGACGACGAGCUGUGAGUACCACAGCCUGUCGGGCUCGGAGGAUGAGCUGGUGUCCGAUCUGCGGCAGCUGGGAUGGUGGCUGACGCGGCCCUUCACGAAGGAUGGCGAGCCGAUGGUCAUGGAGGUGAACGUGAAGCGGCAGGCAUCUUCCCACCCAUCUUUGUCGUCUCUAUCCUCUGCAACGGCUGCUUCUGCUGAAACACCACCGAAGGGCCUCGAAAGUGUCUUGCGCAUUCUCACCCAGCCACCGUUUCAGCGCACUGAUGCCGGCAUCUCGUGCCUGCGCUCGCUCAUUCUAGCACUAAACUGCACGGAGGUGUCGAAGACGGCUGUGGAGCUCAUUGGGCAGCUUACCCACCUCGAGAAGCUCGAGUCCUUUACGCAGUUUAUGCCCCUUCCGUUGCCCUCAGUAGAGAGUCUUACUGUUCUGCGGCUGCGCAACGUGAGGACCCUCACGAGCCUCGAGCCGCUGCUGCCGCUGUCGGGCCUCAAACGCCUUAGCCUUUGCCGAUGCGCCUCUUUGCGCUCUGUGGCAGCGCUGUCGCAGUUGCCGGAGCUGACCGAGCUGCGUGUGGCCGACUGCCACGUCUUGGACCUUCGCGGAGACUACUCAGUGUGCCGGCGCUUGACCUCUGUGUCGGUGCGUUGGUGCCGCGAUGUCCUGCACGUGGGUGACUUGGCGACGCUCCCAAACCUGCGCGAGCUGGACUGCAGCUACUCCGGUGUGCGAGAUGUGGAAGGCCUGACGAGAUGCACACAGCUGCGCCGGCUUUGUCUGCGCGGAUGUCAGUCCGUUCAUGAGUUGUUCCGUGCGAUGGACGUCCCUGCCGCGCUGAUCGAUCCGGCCGCUCGUACUGCUGUUACUGCGGUCUCAGCUGUUUUCUCGGACCAGAUGAGGGCGCCUGCCAUCAUGGGCGAGGGCGUGGGGUUCUCCGCUACGAAAAAGCUAGUGUCUACAGGCGACACUGCAGCGCCUUCAGCGCGCAUCGUACUCUACCCCAUCCUGAGUACAAGACUGCCGUCGUCCGCCGCCUCCCUCUCUCUGCUGGAGGAGCUGGAUGUGGGUGAGAGCAACUUGGUCUCGCUCUCUGGGCUGUCGCAGUACGCCCCCGAGCUGCGUCACCUUACCGUUCGCGAGUGCCAGCAGCUGCACAGCUUGAGUCCGUUAGGUGAGCUGCUGCGACUGACCUCGGUGGACGCGUCCUUCAGCGGCGUAGACGAGCUCGAGGGCUUGUCUGAGAGUGUGUCACUGCAGUACGUGAACCUCAAUAACUGCGUCCGCCUCCACACGGCUGCCCCUUUGGCGAGGGUGAGGUCGCUACGCGAGAUUCAUCUGAGCGCGUGGAACCAGAACUGCAUCAUCUGCAUUCACAGCCUUGAGGUCAAUAUGAACGGCGAAAGCGCUGGUGGUCGUCAUAGGCAGCGUUCUCAGAGUGAGCUCAUCCAGCAGAGCUCGCUUAGACUCUCUGGGUCGGUCGAAGGCGUUAACGACAGUCGCAUUGACAUGGCAGUGAAUCAGGAGUCAAGCCACGGACGGCUGCAGCAUCACGUCCUGCGCCAGGAGGCGGAGGAGCUGCUGCGUCAGCCUCUGGAGCAGCUUCUCGCGACGUAG